AUGCCGGAGUUUACACCGAUCAGAGUACGCGGCAAGCGGAAUGGCAUAGCUGCUGAGAAGUGGAACUACGGAAAAAAGCGAAAAGUGCACCGUAUCCAGUCUACGUUGCCGUUGCAGCAAGGCGCCAGUUCUCAGGCCUAUGCCUCGGCCAGUGAACCUUCUUCGAGGAGAAAACGACGCUCGCCCUCGCCACAACUAUCGCGCCUUGAAGAGCUCCCGACUGAAGUCAUACAACACAUCUUCGAUCUGUCAGCGAACGUGGAGUUGCCAUCGAGUUCGCCUCGCCUUGCUGUACAGCUGAACAGCACUCAUCUGUACCAUCGAUUGACUGCUCGAUUAUUAGAGCCCACUUUCGGCGACGAGGAUCCCGGUGCAGUUCCGCUUACGGCUGCAACGCGCCUGAUGAACAGCAAGUUCUUCGGGUAUACUUUCUUCAGAGACUGGCUGCUUCAGGAGUACGAACGACUGAACUUAUCGACCCUAGACCGUGAGCAACAGAGCAAUCAAAACGGAGAUGUCGAAUCCGAAACGAACGCGGACGAGACUGUCGCCAGCAAAGACCAAACAGCCUUCACCUGGACUCAUCUUGCGCCAAGUCACAAGCUACUGCCUCCUGCAAAGCUUUUGCGUGGCCCUUUCAGCGACGACAAGAUACGCUUGCUCGGUCUCUUGAUAUCUCAUACCUCCCAACCGCUGGUCGUUCAUUAUCCGUACCUCCAUGACCUCGUGAGGGAGGGACUCCAACAGGCUGUUGCGGACAACUCCAUAGCCGCCUUGAACGCUUUCUGGCAUCUGGGACUGUUGCCGGACACGAACCUUCUACGGCAGGCUGUUACAACUGCCGGGUGUGAUCGCCGUGUGGUAAGCAGCAUCAUGAAGCGCUCUUUCGAUUCUUCGACUGCCCAAGACAUUGAAUGGCUUGAUCCGGAGAUAUGGUCAUGGGCAGAACGUGCGACGGCUCGAGGUGAUGCCGCAGACGCGUACGCAGAGCUGUCGCGGCACGACCUGAGCAUGCAAUGA